AUGCUUUUGCAACCAUUUCUAGGGCUUUUAGCCAUCGCUCAGCUGUCUAAAGCAAGCCCGCGAUCGCACCUAUCGCGUCGAGGAACAGUCGCCUCGGAUGAAAUUGUUGGCUUUGAUCAAAAAGUUCCUCCGGGAACAGUAGGUGAUGUCUAUCUCGCCUACCAGCCCCAUCUUUAUGUCGUGAAUGGCUGCGUUCCAUUCCCUGCCGUUGAUGAGAAUGGAGAUACCAAUGCUGGGUUGGCCCCGACCGGCUCAUCGAAUGGUGAAUGCAGCAGCAGCACUGGCCAAAUAUAUGUCCGAGGCAGUCGCUCUGGCGACUAUUAUGCCUUACUUUACUCAUGGUAUUUCCCCAAGGAUGAGCCGUCGUCGGGCAUCGGCCACCGACAUGACUGGGAAGGCGUGAUUGUCUGGCUCUCAGAUUCCACCAGCACAACUUCUGACAAUAUUGUCGCUGUCUGCCCAAGCGCCCAUGGAGGAUGGGAUUGUUCAACGGACGGAUAUACCCUCGAUGGAACAUCACCACUGAUCCGAUACUACAGUGUCUGGCCCGUGGAUCACCAAUGUGGUUUGACAACCACGGUCGGUGGUACCCAGCCGUUGAUUGCCUGGGAAUCACUACCGUCGGCGGCACAAAGUGCUUUGGACACGACUGACUUUGGAGAUGCCAAUGUUCCCUUGAAUGAUGGUAACAUGGCCAAUAAUCUGGCCAAAGCUACAUUCUGA